AACAUUUUGACAAAAAUAUCUUCUAAGGACUUAUUUCCAUCUAAUCUUGAGUCAUAUAAUUUACGAACAGUGUUAUUGUUCUUUUCCAAACCUACUUUCAAUCUUCGUCAAACUUCGUCAAAUCUCCGUGAAGAGGUGGCAUUAUUUUAUCGGAAGAUAUUCGAGUUUCCGAGUUUGGAACGAAAGUCUAAGGAAGGAGGAGGGAAGGCGAGAAGAAGAAGUCACUCAGCUGUUUUCGAGGAAAAAUUCUUUGUUACUUGCACUAUUUUCAAGAGAACAGAUCGAAAAAUGAAGUGUGCCGUGUUUUUGCUGGCUGUUGCUCAGCUAUUCCUUCAGGUGAAGGCUUACACAUACUGUAGCUACACAUACUAUGACAGCUUCUACAAUCGGUAUAAAACAGGACAAUACAGAUGCUCUAGCAACCAGUACUGCUGUGAGACCAGAUCCUGUUGCACCCGGGUCUAUGCCAGAUGGUACUUGUGGUUUUUGCUGUCAUCAUUUUUCCUGGUCAUCUUUAUCAUUUGGUGGUAUUAUCGCUACCGCUACAGACCAAGACAUGGCAUAGUUGUAGCAUCACGUCCAGCCCCUGUACUUGCUGCCACCACUGUCGCCACAUCUCACACCACUACUACAGCUGGACAGCCUGUUCAGCCAUACCCUGCUCCUGCUCCUGGAUAUGGAUAUCCAGCCCCAGGAAUGUACCCUGCUGCUCCUCAAUACCAAGCCUAUAACAAGCAGGGUGGCCAUCCCCAAGGUUACGCACCUCCCCAAGGUUACGCACCUCCCCAAGGUUACCCACCUCCAAGUUAUACCAGUGGACCAGGCCCAGCUUAUCCUCCACAAUAGCCCAAAAACAUUCUAACAUUUUGGUUUAAAAAACACAUUGGUUUGUUAAUGUUAUUAGAUAGGAAAUAGGUUUGCAUGCCAUAAUUGGUACUUGCAAAAAAGUUGCAAUAGUGAUCUGUGAUAAUAUAGAAUUUUAGUAUGAUGCAUGGUUCUGGCUCUGAGUUCCUUAUAGUUACCAUUGCUACAGUAUUUCCAACAAACUCAAAACUUUAGCUAGAAAUUACCUCAGAAUUUAAAACUCUGAUUGCAGGAAGCAGAUUAUAAUUUAUAUCACGUGUUGUUUUGUAGGUUGGUUUUAUAAACAUAAACUAAUGUUUCUUCAACUAAAAGUAAUUUACUUCUGAACUGAAUUUGGGCAUUAGUGCCGAUUUUCAAGGAUUACUAAUUAUUAAUGGUGUUAUUUGUCAUAACAGAUUUUAUGUUUGAAAUUACAUGAGUGUACACAAGCUAAGUCUUGUUCAAACUGUUUCCUGUCUCGUGAAAAUACAAGAAAAUUACUUUAUCAUCCUCAUAGUUCCCAUAAUAAUACAAAUGUUUUUUUGGUUGGCUAUUCUCUGAAGCAGAACCAUCUAUACCAUGUAAUUGUAGAAUUUUUAAUUUUCCAAAGCCAAAGUGAUUAACAAAAAUGUGUGAACAAAUUCAGCAAAUUUAGAGGUUUGUCUGAGGCAGAACCAUAAAUACCUUGUCAUUAAUUAUUGCAGCUAUAGCUAACUGUUAACAGAUUUUUUUAUUGUGUUGCCAAUAUCAUCUGUCACUGGUUACACACUAGUUGACAUGCAUGUUCAAGUGAUUGUUUUAACUGAAUACUUAAAUAUAUCAUUAAUUUGUGAAAUUACUUUUUUCUAGAUUGAUAAUACAGGGUUUGUGCUACUCCUUGAAAUCCUUGAAAAGCCCUGGAAUUCAAAAUCCAUUUUUAGUUGCACUUGAAAACCCCUUGAAAAUAGCAAAGUUGCUGGAUAACUCCUGAAAUACUCCUUGAAAUUGCUACAUUUCCUUUUUUUAUGAUUAGCUGUAAUCUAAUUUUUGCUGACAAUCAUUUGUUACUUCAAAUGUAACUUUGCUCCAAGAAUGGCAAGGUUGUUAUUAACAUUUGAUAUCAUUGAGCCAGCUUCAAAACUUUCUAAAGUCAAAGUUAAUGAAAUUCAUUAAAAUAACAYGUUAGUGGUGCCUAUAAAUUGCUUAAAGAAGAAAUUUCCAAACAAAAUUGAUCCUUAAAAAUCGUAAUUUUGGACCUUGACUGGAAUUUUACGUGGAGAUGUAGCACGAACCUUGUAAUAUAUCAUUAAUAUAUUAUUAACAAUAUAACAGAUCAGAGAUGGAUCAAGGAAUACAUAUUAUCCCAUUUUGACUUGAUUCUCGUAAAACUAUAAAUCAUCAGAAAAUAGAAUGUGAAGCCUAGUAAGUGAGAAACUCGAAGGUAAACUACAAACUUUGGGCUGAUAAAAGUCGGGGCAGUCACUCAACAUACACAACUAAUUGAAGUUUAGAUUGUUAGGUUUUGUGGAGGGAGGAAAACCGGGAAACCCAAAGAAAAACCUGAUUAAGGGAGAGACCUAGCAAACUUUACUCACAUGAAACGCCAAUAAGUACACUAGUCCACUGGAAUCAAACUCCACCCCAGAGUGAGAGGCAAGUGUACUACUCCUUUGCUACCCUUGAUUCCAUGUCACUGAAGUGUGGGGAAGCAGUAAAAACAUCCUACGCAUUAAUUUUAAUACACCCUGACAAUUAUUAUGGCUAAAAUAUUCUAGGAUUCACAGUGAUGUAUUGUAGAGUCAUACACCCUCGUUUGUAAUGUGAAAAUAAAUAUCAAUAUUCAGUUACUUUAUCUACAGAAACGGUGUAUUUCUAGAAGCUUUAUUCCUAUGAGGCUUGAAAUGGCAAAAGGGUGAUUUGCAUGUAAAGAACAGGUAUAAUUCAUAUAGGUGAAAAUAAGCUGCUGAUUUUGGUCUGCACUUCACUUGCAUAGUAUAAUUAGCCUUACAUCAGUUAGUCUUAAUUCCUCUAAGGAAGGAAGAAGGUGGACUCUACCAGUCAGAUGAAGAAAAAGAGAUAAAUUAUGCAGGGUAAGAUAGAAAAAGUAAUUAAGAAAGGUUGUGUCCCAAGAAUUGGAUAAUUUUCUGAAAAAUGUUCAGUUUCAGAAAUUAUUCAUAACCCCUCGCACGUAGGAAUUUUUUAAGAACCCCCAUACCCCUGGAAAUUUUUUCCAUGCAAACUCUGCAAUUUUGUUCUUUCUCUACCCCCCCACCCCUAAGAAAUUCCAAAUUCCUCCAUAGGAGGGUAUGGAUAAUUUCUGAAACUACACAAUGCUUGCACAUUUACAUCGGUCAUUUGAACACUUGUCUCCUAAAUAGAUCAUCAGUAGAGCUGGUCAAAAAUGAAUGCAGCAUGAGCCCCUUCAAUUAAUGCUUCAAUACUUUGCUCAAAAUGUUUUUAGAAUCCUAGGGGGUCACGUUAGCCUCGAGUACCACCUUAAUGUUUAGAAUAAAAAAUGUAUGUUCAGUUCUGGCUGUGGCAGGUUGUGGUGUCAUUUAAAGGACCCUUCAUUUUUUCAUUGGCGAUGUCUGGAUUUGCUUGGUACACAAUACCAGAAAUCUCACCCCAUCCCCCUCUCUUGUUGAGAAAAAAGGGCCAUCUAUAAUUAAUAAAGUUCUGUUUAUUGUAAGAGUACUUGCAUGCUGACUGAACCUAAUUUUAUGUACGCAGCGGAGGAUCCAGGAUUUUUGAAAAGGGGUGAUGGUUACAGAAAAUCUUGCCCUGAGUGAAAGCUUGUCCAGAUAAAAUAUUUCCAGUGUAUUAGGGAAUGUGCAUUUUUUAUUGAGGGGGAGGAGUGGAGCUUGAGCUAGAGGGGAGGGUCAUCGCAGUAAAAAUAAUUUGUGCAAAAGGAGGGGGGUCACUCGUUGGCCCAUGCCACCCCUGGAUCCGACCCUUAUACGGACGAAGUUAUCGAUAUGAUCAUUGUAAAAGUACAUAAAUUUGAUCCUCGAUAACUUCGUUCGUAUUUACUCUAAUGUCCUCAAAAAAUUUCAAAUUCACAAAUUUUGGGAUAUGAUAUUUUUAAGAACAGGGAGUCAAUAUUUUAAAUGUCACGCAAUACCUGCCAUGAGCCCACUGCUUAUCGCAAAGGGUUGACCGUUUUCGCGGUUUUACUUAGCCACUCUCAGUAAAAUCCGCGAAAGACCCUCUGGAACCCAGGGUAGAAAGAGACUGACGCACGACUCAAGUUCUUACUUCAUUAUUGAUGGGUUGCAACCAUUCCCAAGAGAGUCAAAAGACAAAAACAUGGCGGCCAUUGUAGUGCCGUUAUUACCGUUAACAAUGGAUGCUAAUGAGGAAAUCUUUUGUUAAAUGGCACCAACAUGGCCUCGAUGACGUAACGUGCAAUCGAAGAAUAACGCAGAAUUUUUCGUGACAUAGCCAAAUAAGAAGAUCAGCAGACUCGUCGAUCAAGGCGCAUUACUGGGGUCAUAACUCGGCGGUUUAAUAGUCGUGGCAGUCUGGUGUUCGUAGCAAGAUGGAUGUGCAAUCCACGGAGGUGAUCGUAAUAGGUGGUGGAAUAAGCGGUCUUUGCGCUGCAAAACUCUUGUUUGAACAGGGAAUCGACAAAUUACUUGUUCUGGAAGCUCGUGACCGUGUGGGUGGAAGAACGCAUACCAUAGAGAAUCCAUCAGUUAAAUAUACCGACUUAGGGGGCUCAUAUGUCGGUCCAACUCAAAAUCGCAUUCAACGUGUUGCAAGAGAUCUUGGCGUGAAGACUUACCGUGUAUACUUAAAAGGCAAAUCCUCUGAAUACUUUAACGGUAGAAGGAAACAAUAUGGCGAUGGUCUGUCUACUUGGAAUCCCAUCGCAAUAUUGGACUAUUACAAUCUUAUACGCACUGUGGAUAGGAUGUGUGAUAGCAUUGAGCUUGACCGCCCAUGGCAAGCUCCAAAUGCACUCGAGUGGGAUCGUAUGACUUGCGAGGAAUUCUUCAACAAGAUGUGCUGGACAACCUAUUGCAAGAAACGUAUGGUUCAGAUCUACCAGGAUGGAUUUGCAACUGAACCUUGGGAAUGCUCCCUACUUUAUUUUCUUUGGUACCUCAAAUGUUGCGAUGGUAUUUUGAGGAGCGUAAGURCUGAUAAUGGUGGCCAAGAAAGAAAGUUUAUUGGAGGAUCACAGCAGAUAAGCAACAAGAUCAAAGAUAAGUUAGGAGAACGGGUUAUCCUUAGUAGUCCUGUAAUCAGGCUUAAACAAAAUGGUGAUCAUGUUGUUGUAUCAUGUGAAAAUGGCAAGAACUAUAAAGCCAAUUUCAUAAGUGGGGAUCAAGCUCGUCACUGGUGUAACAAAACACAGGAAGAGAGAGAAAAAGCUGUUAGUGAGCAAUAUUCUAAAGUGUAUGGCUGCAAGGAGGCUCUAAACCCUUUUCACUAUGUUGAUAAGAACUGGCUUGGUGAGCAAUAUUCUGGUGGCUGCUAUGUAAGUGUCAUACCUCCUGGUGUAUUGACAAAGUAUGGUAAAGCACUGCGAUGUCCAGUGGGAAGAUUGUAUUUUGCUGGCACUGAAACAGCUACUUUUUGGUCAGGGUAUAUGGAUGGUGCAGUCCAAGCAGGCGAAAGAGCAGCAAGAGAGGUACUUCAUCAGAUGGGAAGAAUUCCAGAGGAUGAGAUCCAUCAAGAUGAACCGCCACCACCAGAUGAGGCUAUUACUCCAUGUCAAUUGACAUUCCUCCAGAGAUGUCUACCAACAGUUCCCGGAUUCCUGAUGGGAAUGGCUUUAAUUGCUGGUUCUGUUGGGUUUUUAUCCUUUAAACACUUCUCAAAAUGAAAUAAUGAUUAAAGCAUUCAUUCUUUGUUUAGAUAAAUCCAAUAACUAGAAAAAGUUUUCAAAUUAUAUUUGUUACAUUAAAAGGGCGACUUCUUUAGCCCCAAUUUUAACAUCUUCAGGGGGUGGGGAGGCUUUCCGCCAAGCUCCCAGAUUAGCACCCCAAUCAAAACUAUGCUCCAUGGUCCCUGUUAAUAAUAUUAAUAUACAGUAAUGUGUUUUUUAAUGAAAGGUAAACGAAAUUAUAAUUGCUAGUUUUCAGUUUUGAUCACAAUGUUGAAUCAAUUUUACGCAAGUACAGAAAUGUAAUGCAGAUGCUCGAAUAAAUUUACUUGGAAGCCGUA